GGUGUUUCAUUUUGGGGUAAGUAGGAAUCCCUCCAACAUUUUCAAUGAAGGGUUUGCAGCUGUCUUAUCAAGUUUUGUCUAUAGGACUGCAUAUCGCUGCUACAAAGAGGUCAUUUUAGUAGACGCCCAUAAAGAGUAUACAUACUUGACUCAUGUCGGACAUUGCAAGACGGCGCUGGUUCUCAAGGGAAGGAUUCACGGCUGAUGUGCUGAGCUCUAUCGUGAGAAAUACUGUCCUCGACCCGUCUAAGACAUUCUUGGCCCAGGUUUUGUUGCAUUACGCACCACCAACAGCUACUUUUCUCGCCCAAAAACGCGAGGUCGUCUUGAAAUGGCUUCGCGUUGCUUUUGCGCUAGGCUUACUCCGCGUUUUCAAUGCAUGGCUUAGUCGUCGUGCUAUCAAUCGUGGUGUCUCUGACAAGUUCGACUGGCCGCGCGAAAUCGUUAUUGUGACUGGCGGAAGUAAUGGUUUUGGCAAAAACAUCGUCUUAAUGCUGGCUGCCAGAGCAAAAGCGAGAAUCGUUGUCUUGGAUAUUCUUGAACCCCAGUAUACCUUACCUGCAGGAGUCAGGUUUUAUCAGUGCGACAUCACCGACUCGUCGGCCGUCGCCGCCGCCGCCGAAAAGAUUCGCACGGAUUUUGGCGCGAGCCCUACAGUGCUAAUCAACAAUGCAGGCAUCAUUUAUGCCCGCCCGUUGCUAGAUAACACAGAGGAUCAGAUUGAGAAGAUGUUUAAGGUUAACACUCUUGCGCAGUAUAAGCUUAUUCAUGAAUUUCUGCCUGACAUGAUCUCCCGCAAUCACGGCAUGAUCGUCACAGUGGCAUCGCAGGGUGCAAACUGCACGGCACCAGGCAUGACGGCCUACUGCGCCAGUAAAGCAGCGAAUAUCAACCUUCAUGAGGGACUAGCUUCGGAACUAGUAACCCGAUACAAGGCUCCACGGGUGCGCACUAUCUUGGUCACUCCUGCCUACGCAAAGACCUUUGUAACGCGCGACAUGGAUCCGGAGGAUGGCUUCCUCAGUCCACUACUUGAGCCGGAAACAGUUGCCGAAGCGGUCGUCAACCAGGUGCUCACCGGGAAGAGUGGCUAUGUUGGUGUCUCGGCGGCGGCGAAUUUUAUCACUUUCAACUUGCGCUCAAUGCCCUUAUGGUUUCAGUCCUUGCUUAGAGAUCGACUGGAUCGAACUAUAAAGACGCCGUUGGUCAAGCACCCCUGGGUACGAAAUGAGUGAAGUAUAGCCAGUGUUUGAGGAUUUCAGUGUUUAUUUUUGCCUGAAUUUGAUAUGUCUGAGCG